AUGUUAUUGGGGGCUGGUGUGUUGAGUGCUUAUGAUACCAGAUACGUCGAUUCCCAGGAUCAGUUGGGUGGUUUGUUGCAAAGUACCACAUACAUCGCUGGAUUAUCUGGUGGGCUGUGGAUUGUGAUGAACAACCUUCUUAGUAACGGAGAACAAAUCAAUUCAACUAUACAGAGGCUUGAACUUGAUUUGCAGAACCCCCUUCUUGAAGGUGUUCCCAAUUUGGAGUUGAGAGAAAUCCGUGCUGGAAUUGAGUUGAACCAAAAUCGUACGCAUCAAACUGAGUCUUCUAAUAAUGCCUUUGGCGCCUUAAUGGACAAGAUUCUACCAGGUAUCGUUAACAAGGUGCUUUCAGUUAACAACAACGAAAGUCCUUUUAACGUGAAAGAGGUGCUCAAGUUCUAUAAAGAUAUCUCCUUGGAAACUCGUGUGAAGAAAGAGUCUGGUUUCAGAGUUUCACUCAUAGAUUACUGGGCUAGGAUACUAGCAAGAAAAGUGUUUCCUCCAAACUUCAGGUCUACUGGUUUCACGAUGUCAUCCACCGCAAAACUUCUUUCCUUUCAAAAUCAUUCUCAACCAUUCCCGAUCAUCACAGCAGUUGAGGUGGUACCUGAAGUAGAGGAAGGUAGCAUUGACUCCCACAUAAUUGAGAUAACCCCUUUUGAGUUUGGUUCGUGGGAUAGUUUCUUGAACGCCUUCACAGAUGUCAAGUUCCUAGGAAGUAAUCUUCUGAAUGGCAGGCCAAUACAGGAGAACCUUCCAAAUCUGAAUGAGUCCACAUGUACCUCCGGAUUCGACUCCCUUGCAUUUCUUACAGCCACAUCUUCAGGGCUUUUCAACAUUGUCUUGCAAUACGUUUACAAGCUGUUGCCUGGUUCGAUGAGUGAGCUGCUGCCAUACUUCAGCCAGCUUCUCAAGAUGUUUGGCUUUGUAAAGAGUCCAGUUUUGGAUGAAACGGCAUAUUCAGAAUUUGCAAUUCAUUCUCCCAAUCCUUUCUACAAUUACAUCGGCGGAAAUGCUAAAGGAAGGUCAAUUAAUAAUGCAACAGCACUAUACCUCGCUGAUGGAGGUGAAGACGGACAGAACAUCCCAUUUAGUCCGCUCAUGGUUUCAUCAAGGCAAGUUGAUGCCCUCAUAGUCUUUGACAUGGGGUCUGAAGUUUUCAACCGACCCAAUGGUUCCUCGUUAAUAGCCACCGCAAAGCGGUAUCACGCUAACUACUCUGAUUUGAGAAUACCCCUAUUUCAGGACGAAAGUGGGUCGCAUCGCAGGAUGUUCCCAAUUAUACCGACAUCAGAGGAAUAUUUAGAGAGGGGCUUCCAAGAGAGACCUGUGUUUUUUGGAUGCAGCAUUGACGACUAUCCAUUGUACAAUGGCAACAUCCUGAAUCAGUUUGAGAUCCAAAGAAGCUUCAUUCCUCCUCUUUUGAUUUAUCAGGCGAAUUACGAUAUUCUGUUUCCAUCUAAUACCUCCACCUUCAGAACCUCAUAUCAACCGGAGGAGGUUCAAGGAAUGGUCCGCAAUGGAUUUAUUGGCAACCUUGGGUUUGCGGUCCUCAGACAACUUCAUGACCCCGAUCAAAGAAUAUACACCACGCCUCGAGGCGAGAUCUUAUCCAUAAUGCAUUUUUUGUUCAAUGGCCUCUUGAAGGUCAUUUGUACUGUUAUCACAUUUCCUGGCUGUGCAGCGGAAAGAGGUAGAUUGGUUCCUAUGUUCGUCUUCAUCUUCUUUUGGUCGCUCAUAGUGUACAAUCCGAUUUCAUAUUGGUACUGGAAUCAAAACGGUUGGCUUUCUACUCAGCUCAACAAGCUUCCUGUAAUGGACUUUGCCGGUGGUACCUGUAUUCAUGUGGUUAGUGGCUUUAGUGCAUUAGCAUACUCCUACAUCUUGGGUCCUAGGAAUCCCAAAAUGGUUGCAGAUUAUAGAAGUUGUAACAACAGCAACAUGAUUAUCGGAAUGUGCAUCUUAGUCCUUGGAUGGUGUGGUUUCAUAUCAGGUUGUGACUAUAAAUUAUCUUCGAGGUCAUUCUACAUUGUUGCAAACACAUGGCUCAGUGCUUGCUCCGCCGGCAUAGUUUGGCUACUCAUAGAUCUUUAUACAUCAGCUAUACCACUAGAAGAAGCAGGAUAUGAGGAGAUUGAGCUACAAGAUCUAGAUAGCGCAGGACUUGGAAUCGCUAGAAACGAUACCCCUAUCGUGACAACCAGAAAAAUCUCCAUGAUUUCUUUCACUUCAGGAGUUAUAUGUGGUCUUGUCGUCUUCACACCUGCUGGGGGAUACGUUUCCUCGCAUUCUUCAUUCUGGAAAUGUAUAGUUUUUGGUGUGGUUGGCGGUCUCGUGGGAAAUCUUGCUACACGCAUCAAAUACUUUUUGCGGAUAGAUGACGCCCUUGACAUCUUCGCAGUUCAUGGUGUUUGCGGCGUUGUUGGGACUAUUCUUGUUGGCAUAUUUGCUGACGAGUCAUUUGAAUCAUCCGGCGGCUGGGUCGUUGGGAAUUGGGUUCAAUUGGGAUACCAAAUACUUGGAUGUGUCGUGACCUCCCUUUAUGCCUUUGUGGUGAGUUUGGCAUUGCUUUAUAUCAUAGACAUGAUCCCAGGUCUUCAUUUACGUAUUGACAAAUCCUUCAACAGGAGGAUGAGAAAUAAGUUACUUGACCGCCACGGAUCUGAGGAAGGCGACUUAAGUAGCCUUGAUGACGACUUUGGCCUUGAAAGAGCUGAGCUUCUUGGCACCGACUGGCAUGAGCUCAAUGGAGAGUACUCUAUGGAUUUCAUGGAAUUCAUUAAAGUGGUUGACCCCCAGGAUUACGCAGAUCAGAUCUCCGCUGAGCCCAUUAGUCCCGAAGAGAGUGAUUUCAGUCAAUUUGACACCAGCGAUGCCCAGCUCAGGAAACGAGACCCGCUUACGGAGAGACACAGAUGA